CGCUCUCCAGUCUCCGCCACUGUUGCGAAAUUCUCUGUCAUUGUCGUCGAUUUCUUUCAACAAAUUCAUCCACAGUAAUGCUCCGGUGGCGGUCAGGUGGCGUCUACAGCCGGAAUCAGAAUCACAUUCAUCGCAACCGUCGCGGAAUCUCUGUUUUUCUUUUGCUUUAUGCGCUGCACUGCACUGAACCAGCGUAGUAGUCCACAGCGACCUCUUCUAUAUAGCUUCCUCAUCACUGGAUCCUUGUUCUUCAGUGCUCUGAAGAGCUCCAGAUUCAGCGCGGCGGCGAUGGCGGGAAAUGACUGGGUGAACAGUUACUUGGAGGCGAUACUUGACGUUGGGCCUGGACUCGAUGAUGCCAGAGCGUCGCUUCUGCUGAGGGAGAGAGGACGCUUUAGUCCUACUCGUUACUUCGUUGAGGAGGUCAUCACUGGCUUCGAUGAAACCGAUCUCUAUCGCUCUUGGGUUCGGGCUGCGGCUACGAGGAGUCCGCAGGAGAGGAACACGAGGCUGGAGAAUAUGUGCUGGAGGAUUUGGAAUUUGGCGCGAAAGAAGAAGCAGCUUGAAGGAGAAGAAGCUCAACGUAUCGCUAAACGCCAUCUCGAACGCGAAAGAGGGCGAAGAGAAGUUACUGCUGAAAUGUCAGAAGAUUUAUCAGAAGGAGAGAGAGGAGAUGUACCCAGCGAUCUCUCACUGCACGGUGACAGCAUUAGAGAUAAAGUACCCAGAGUUGGUUCUGUUGACACAAUGGAAAGCUGGGCUAUUCAACACAAGGAUAAGAAACUAUAUAUCGUUUUAAUAAGCCUUCAUGGCUUGAUUCGUGGUGAAAACAUGGAACUUGGACGUGAUUCUGAUACUGGUGGCCAGGUGAAGUAUGUUGUAGAACUUGCUAGAGCCUUGGGGAGAAUGCCGGGGGUAUAUAGGGUUGAUUUGCUUACUAGACAAGUUUCAGCUCCUGAUGUGGACUGGAGUUAUGGUGAACCAACGGAGAUGCUUAAUCCAAGGAGCUCUGGCAGUUCCAAAGAUGAGCUUGGCGAGAGUAGUGGGGCUUAUAUUAUCCGAGUGCCAUUUGGGCCAAAGGACAAGUAUAUUCCAAAAGAACUUCUCUGGCCUCAUAUUCCUGAAUUUGUUGAUGGUGCUCUUUGCCAUAUUAUCCAGAUGUCCAAAGUUCUUGGUGAGCAAGUUGGAGAUGGGCAACUAGUUUGGCCUGUUGCUAUACAUGGACAUUAUGCAGAUGCAGGUGACUCUGCAGCUCUUUUGUCUGGAACAUUAAACGUUCCAAUGCUAUUUACUGGUCACUCACUUGGACGAGAUAAGCUUGAACAAAUUCUAAAACAAGGACGACAAUCAAGGGAAGAAAUAAAUGAAACUUAUAAAAUAAUGCGGAGGAUAGAGGCAGAGGAGCUGUGUCUUGAUGCUUCUGAAAUCAUUAUAACUAGCACCAGGCAGGAGAUUGAAGAGCAAUGGCGCCUUUAUGAUGGCUUUGAUCCAGUCAUAGAGCGGAAACUGCGAGCAAGAAUAAAAAGAGGAGUCAGCUGUUAUGGCAGGUUUAUGCCUCGCAUGGUUGUAAUUCCUCCUGGAAUGGAGUUUCAUCAUGUUGUUCUACCUGACGCUGAUAUGGAUGGGGAAGUUGAGAAGACUGAUGAUGGUCAUGGUUCUUCAGACCCUCCAAUUUGGGCUGAGAUUAUGCGGUUCUUUUCCAAUCCACGGAAGCCAAUGAUACUUGCACUUGCAAGGCCAGACCCAAAAAAGAAUAUUACCACUUUAAUCAAAGCAUUUGGAGAAUGUCGUCCACUGAGGGAGCUUGCAAACCUGACAUUAAUCAUGGGAAACCGUGAUGAUAUUGAUGAAAUGUCUGGCACGAACGCAUCAGUUCUUCUAUCAAUUAUUAAGCUAAUUGACAAAUAUGACUUGUACGGGCAAGUGGCGUACCCUAAACACCACAAGCAGUAUGAUGUUCCCAACAUUUAUCGACUUGCAGCAAAAACGAAGGGUGUUUUCAUCAAUCCUGCUUUCAUCGAACCAUUUGGACUUACUUUAAUUGAGGCUGCAGCUCAUGGUUUGCCGACUGUUGCUACAAAAAAUGGCGGUCCUGUUGAUAUUCUUCGGGUUCUCGAUAACGGUCUGCUGGUUGACCCCCAUGAUCAAAAGUCCAUUUCUGAUGCUCUUUUAAAGCUUGUUUCAGAUAAGCAACUCUGGGCAAGGUGCAAACAGAAUGGUCUAAAAAAUAUUCACCUUUUCUCAUGGCCAGAGCAUUGCAAAACAUAUCUAUCUCGAAUAGUCAGCUGCAAACCAAGGCAGCCUCAAUGGCAAGGAGAUGAUGAUAGAUUUGAAAAUUUGGGCCCAGAUUCACCUGGUGAUUCUUUGAGAGAUAUUCAGGAUAUAUCUCUGAACUUGAAGUUUUCAUUCGAUGGUGAGAAGAAUGAAGGGAGUACGACCUUGGAAAAUGCUUUAGAUCCGGAGGAGAAUGCUGCUGAUGCAAAAAUACAGUCAGAGAAUGCUGUAAUGGCAUUGUCAAAAGCUGUUUUAGGUGGCAUUCAAAAGGUUCGCUCAACUGGUGAAGUGGACCAGAAUCCUGCAACUAGUAAAUUCUCGGCAGUGAGGAAAAAAGUCAUCUUUGUGGUCGCUGUGGACUCCGAUUCAUUCAUUGAUUCACUUGAAAUCAUUGAGUCAGUUGUAGAAGCCGUAGGUAAGGACAAGAAUGCAGGGUUUAUUGGUUUCAUAUUGUCGACAUCGUUGAGCAUACAUGAGGUCUACUCUCAAAUGAUCUUGGGGGGUUUCAUCCCUUCAUACUUUGAUGCUUUCAUCUGUAACAGCGGAAGUGAGCUCUAUUAUCCAUCUUCAAAUUCCGAUGACGACCCUUUUGGGCUUCCCUUUGUAGUAGAUGUGGAUUAUCAUUCACAUAUUGAUUACCGCUGGGGUGGAGAAGGUCUGAGAAAAACUUUGGUUCGCUGGGCUACUUCCAUCAAUGAAAAGCAAGGAGAGGGCAAAAUUGUUUUGGAAGAUGAGUCGGGAUCAACUUCUCAUUGUUUUGCAUUUGAAGUGAAAGAUCCAACAGUGCUUCCUCCAGUUAAAGAGCUACGGAAAUUAAUGAGAAUCCAGGCUCUUAGAUGCCAUGCUUUAUAUUGUCAAAAUGGAAAGAAGCUGAAUGUCAUCCCUGUAUUGGCUUCAAGGUCUCAAGCUCUGAGGUAUCUCUACCUUCGAUGGGGAAUGGACUUGACAAAGGUGGUGGUGUUUGUGGGAGAAUGUGGGGACACAGAUUAUGAAGGUUUGAUUGGUGGAGUUCACAAAACUGUGAUAUUGAAGGGCAUCGAUUGCAGUGCUGCUAGCAAGCUUCAUGCCAACAGAAGCUAUCCUCUGGAACAUGCUGUACCAUUCAGCAGCCCAAAUGUUAUCCAAGCAGAAGGAUGCAAGAUUGCUGACAUAAGAACUGCAUUGGGGAAGCUAGGUGUUCUUGAGGCUUAGAGAGUUAAGUUCUGACUCAACUAUUUCCUAUCCAAAUGUAUAUAUCAAAUAGUUUCUACGCUAUUUUGCUACUAGAUCAUCAGUUUCUGCAACUUUUGUUGCAGGGGAGUUUUUGUUGCUGAAUAAACUUCUGCCUAGAAUUUGUCAUCUUCUUGAGAGAUUCUUCACUCCAUCAUGAUGAGAGUGGAUAAACGAUACAUGUUUCGAGAUGUUUUAAUACUCUAAAUAAUAUCAUGAUCAAUUUUUGUAAUUCCUAUUUCUUGUUCGUGUAAGAAAGUAUGGUUUUAACGUUUCCUCGGCAAAACUUUGGUUGCUACAUUGUUGCAAAUGUCACUAAUUUUGCUUUGUAGCAGUUGCGACAUUAUCUACAACCUUUCUUACUCUUAAAGAUCUUCCACCUGUAGUUUUAUAACCAAUUUAUAUUGUGUUUUCUGUUUUUAAAAUAUAUAUAUAUAUAUUUAAUAAUUUGUUUGCAACUGUCAACUGCUUAAAAUACUUUUGAAAACUUAGCUCAAAUUUCAUGAUAGAAAACGUGUAUUAGGAAACUUUUUGUUGCACGGUAGAUUCUUUAGUUGAUUUAUUUGGCUGAUAUCUAGUUAGAUUUGAUUUGGCUAGCUGAUAAAGUUUAUCUGAAACUGUUUUUUUUUUCUUUCUAAUUUUUAAAAUUUGCCCUGGAUUUUAUUUUAUUUUUUUCUGAAAGGCCGAUUGCAGGAUGAAGGAUUUGGUAACUGAAAUGAUUAGUUCUCUGCCGCUCCAAAAUCAGAUUAGUUGAUGACUAAAACAGAGUCAAACCAAAUCUGAUCUAGAGAAGAUCUUCUCCAACG